AUGAGUGAAAAGACUUUGGAUAGAGUGGUGUUUCACUUGCGCAGAAACAUAUUUCAGAAUUCCGCUCCCACUUAUGCUACACAAUCGGAAGCCUUUUUACAGAGCCUACCUGGAGUCGAGUUCAAUAAGGUCUUCUGUGACCCAACUGAUUUAACCAAGCCUGUAUUCCUUGGUUGUGGUUUCGCUAGAUUGCAAGUAGGGACAGCAGGAAUUUCGUUUAUCUGCUCUAAGUGA